AUGCAAUCCUUUCGCCUCACCCUUGCGAACAAUGGCGUAGUGCAAGGCGCUCACGCCAUCCCAACCCAAUCGCCUUCGCCAGUGAGAUACCGCCCACUGAUCGUUGCUCUCCAUGGGGGUGGUUAUGAUCAUCAAUACUUCGAUGCUCUACCAGGAUACUCUGCUUCUUUGAUGAGCAACGCACUUGCUACUCCCUUCGUAACUAUCGACCGUCCUUCCUACGGUGGCACGAGUUCAAUACUGCCAAUCCCAUCUGGGUCUGAUUUCACAACAGAGAGCGCCAUUCAACUACAUCGGUUCAUCCUCCCAAAACUUUGGGAAGAGUUUGGUGUUCCGCAUGGAUGCACUUGCAUCGUUUUGCUGUGCCAUAGCCUCGGUGUUAUGCCUGGUAUCGCCGUGGCAGCGCUUCAUGGUGACGAGAGGACACCAGACUACCCAUUAGGAGGAAUCAUUGCAAGCGGUAUGGGAAACACACAAUCUCAAUCAGCAAAAGACAAUCCUCCUCAGUAUCCUCGCGUAGACGAUAACCAUGCGCUAUGUCCCACAGAGCUGAAAGAUGCUGUCAUGUUCAAACCCGGUACCUAUGCGCCGGAAAUGUUGGAACAAACCGAACGUCUAAAUGCGAUAUGCCCUAUCCCGGAGAUUGCGGGGUUCGUAACGCAAUGGAUGCCUGUUUGGAAGGAGAAAUGGGCGCCAGCUGUGAAAGUGCCUGUUAUGUACUCGCUAGUGGAGGAUGAUCCAUUCUUCGAAGCUACGCAAGAGGAGGUUGAUAACUGUGUCAAAGCUUUCACAAACAGUAUUAGAGUAGAGGGAAGUCUGAUUCGAGGUGCUCCGCAUUGCGUGGAGCUGAGUUAUUGGGCGCAAGGUUGGUAUGCUCGGUGUUUUGGCUUCGCACUGGAGUGCGCUGCUAGUUUCGUUGUUUCUGGCUAG